AUUUUUUUAAUAAACCAAAUAGGGAGGAGAGGCCAGACAACACAAAUUGCUAAACUGACUGACUAUUACUCGUCGGAGUGAUCUAGAAAAAAUGGCAGAUCAAACAGUGGAAUCCCCACAAUUAUUUGAUCUCAGCAAUGGCACUAUGUUUGUCAAAAUCACCAAUCUCGGCUGCACCAUUACUUCCCUGUCUCUUCCUGAUAAAAAUGGGAAUUUGGCUGAUGUUGUGCUUGGAUUUGAUUCUCUGGAGCCAUAUCUGAAAGGAGUUGCUCCUUAUUUUGGGAGCAUUGUGGGCAGAGUAGCAAACAGGAUUAAGGAUGGGAAGUUUACUAUGGAUGGUGUUGAUUAUACUUUGCCUCUUAACAGGCCUCCUAACAGCCUUCAUGGUGGGUUCAAGGGUUUUGAUAAGGUGGUGUGGAAGGUAGCCGAAUAUAAUAAGGAAGGGGAACACCCAUCAAUCACCUUCAAAUAUGAGAGUCGUGAUGGAGAAGAAGGUUACCCUGGAGAUCUUUCUGUAACUGCAACUUAUACACUUACUUCAAGCACCACAAUGAGACUUGAUAUGGAAGCAGUGCCAAAGAACAAACCGUCUCCGGUCAACUUAGCUCAGCAUACCUACUGGAACUUAGCAGGUCACAACUCGGGGAACAUACUUGACCAUUUUAUUCAGAUAUCGGCAUCUCAUGUAACACCUGUCGAUCAGAAUACAGUACCAACUGGUGAAAUCAUGCCAGUUAAAGGCACCCCUUUCGAUUUUACUACAGAGAAGAGGAUCGGUGCCUCGAUCCACGAAGUUGGUUUAGGGUAUGACCACAACUAUGUUCUUGACUGUGGAGAACAGAAGUUAGAGUUGCAACAUGCUGCAAAACUGAAGGAUCCGUCAAGCUCGAGAGUCCUUAACCUGUGGACUAAUGCUCCUGGGAUGCAGUUUUAUACUGCAAACUAUGUGAAUGGAAUAGUUGGCAAGGGAGGUGCUGUAUAUGGAAAGCAGUCCGCGCUUUGUUUGGAGACGCAAGGAUUUCCGAACGCUGUAAACCAACCCAACUUCCCGUCCGUUAUCGUUCGACCUGGUGAGACAUAUAAGCAUACUAUGUUGUUCGAGUUCUCGGUUGAAUGAAAUAAUAGUGUUUCAACUUUCAAGCGAAUAAGAUGUUUAAGUUUGGUUUUACAGAAUUACAAAUAAGUAUUGCUAGAGAAUCAUUUUAUGAGAUUUCUCUAUGUUCUUGGGAGGCUAUUGUUGGGGGUCUACAUUUAUGAGAAUCAUUUUUUUGAAUAUUUUGCAGCCAUGCACUUGUUUAAAUAAGUAGAUGUGAUUGUACCGGUUAUAGUACCAAGCUUCUUUGUCA